GCGAUCUAGAACUAUAGUGAGCAAUUUUUGGCAUAUGUCAGGCCAGUUAACCCCUUCCGGCAGGCCGUUCAACAGGGCCAGCUGGAGACUGUCACUGCUUUCAAGAAGGGGAAUGAGGGACAGGGGCACGAGCACAAGAGCCGUUGAGCAUUUCCUCAAAUUGCAGAAGCCUUGCCCUUUCAGGACAGGCGAGAUAUUGCACAAGCUGGUGGCCCAAGGCUCGAAGGUGCUGCCGAAGGACAAGAAGACACAAUACCUUCUGGAAAAUUACCAGCAGCUUCACAACAUUUCGGCGGGGGGGGCUGCUGUCAACGAAGACGACGAGAGUGCGGUUGUACCUCGCGGUUAUGAGGAACCACAACCGUCAGUUGCUGCUGGGAGGGAGCCAGUGGAGGAGCUGGUGCAGCAGGGAAAAGAAACUGCAGCGGCACAGGCGGCGGGAGAAGAUGGUGCUUCCACCACAAGGAUAGCUUCAAUGCAGCAAACGACCAUCAAGAGAUGGGUCGACAACGUGGCGCAGAAGAAGUUGGAUGUCGCGUGGGCCGAGGCAAUGUUCAGAGCCGGAAUUGCAUUCCAAUUCCUGGAGUUCGACACCACGCAGCAGCUGCACAACGUGUAUCUCGAGGUGGCGAACGCCAGACCGCAGGUGAAGUUGCCGUCUUCGAAGCACAUUCAGACUGUCAUGCUCGAGUCUAACGAUCGGAGGGAGCGGCCUGUCUUGAACUUCUUAGUGGCGGGGGAGGGAGCUGUUCUAGUGGCGAUAGUGUACAUGGACGGCAAGAAGAAGACGGGAGCAGCGUUGGCGAAACUAUGGGAGAAAAUAAUGAGGGAGAUCGGGCUGCAACGCAUCAACGCGAUUUGCACUGACAACGCGAAGGUGAACAAGAGGGCAGCUCAAAUUUUGGAACGACGCACGGACCCUGUGGUUUCAAGGAUACCUUGGGUUCCCUGUGCUGCACACUGCUGCAGCUUGCUCCUAAGGGACAUCAGCAAGUUGGAGUGGGUGAAGGGCACGGUGAAGCAGGGCCACACCAUCGUCAAAUUUAUCAGGAAUCACCACACGAUUAACAGUUUCAUGAUGAGUUUGGACUCAUCAUUGACGCUGUUGCGACUGACUGAGGUCUGUUUCGGGUCGGUGUACCGGAUGCUGGAGCGGAUACACAACCGGAGGGCAGUUUUGAAGUACAUGGUGGACGCGACGAAUGUGGGGAAAUGGAAGGCGAUGCGGUGGUCGAGCACGAAGCUGCAAGCGAAAGCGGAUCUCGUGUACUUCACAAUGCGGAGGGAUGCUUGGUGGACGGAGCUAAGGAAGGUGGUGGAGAUGAUGAAGUCGUUGUAUCUCCUACUGCGGAGGAUGGACAAGGACGGGAAUGCACCGUCAAACCUUGUGGAGUACGACCGACUCAUGGAGAGGAUGCCGGCGGAGGUUGUGCUGACAGCGGAGCAACGAAGUUCUGUGCUAGAGAAGAGGCAAAUUGGUGGACCUUGGAAGUCAAAGGCGCACGUGGAUAUAAUGAAAGACCUACCCGAGUUUCACAAGCGACCCACCGCAUACGACCCCAAGCGGAAGGACAAGAAGAUGUGGGAAGAGGAUGCGGUCCAGGAUGCUGAUACUAUCUCGCCGUCGGAGUGGUGGGCAACACAUGGCGGCGAUGUGCCGAAGUUGCAGGCCAUUGCUAUCAAAGUGAUGGGCAUGUGGAGCACUGCAACUUCGGCGGAGCGUAAUUGGUCCUCGAUGGACUUGGUGCACUCCAAGCGACGGAAUCGGUUGAAGCCCGCGACCGUGGAGAAGCUUUUGUACAUUCAUUGGAACAUGAAUCUGUUGCGGGCGAGCAAGAACUUAAAGGACCAUCACUACAUCGAUUUGUGGGCGGAGUUCUUCGAGUCUCUUCCUAAUGCGGAGGAGGGCGAUGAUCCUCUCUUGGAGGUGCCCGAGGAGGAGAAGGGGAAAACGGAGGAGGAGCACGCGCGGGAACGGGCUUUAACCAAGUUACCAAAGGGCCGGAUUCGAAAGAACCUCGAAGAAGAUGAAGAGGAGCGCACGGACGACAGCGACUUGGAGGACGAGAUAUGGAAGGGAAAGGCUCCAUGGUCUGAAACGUCUAGCGAAGGGGAGGCAGAAGAUGGGUCCGACGAUGACUUUGAGCUGGGAGCGCAGCCCUCAAUCCCGGGCACCACAUAUGUUGGGAGGAGGCGAACAACGCAGUGCCAUCGAGAACGCCCGCCCACAACGCCAUGUCAAGGGACAGCUAACACAAGUGCACAGUACGACAUCCAAUCCGAUGUUGAGCUACCGCAGACGGACACCGACAUUGACAUGGUGCUUGGCCCCGGUCCAAUCGACGCGGAUGAGGCGGAGGCCGAUCGUGCGAAGGCAAUGGCUGAUGCGGAUCGCGAACGGGUGCAAAGGAGAAUGAGAGACGAGGAGGAGCGGCGAGCAGCUAUACCAACCCGUAGAGAAAUGGAGAAACAAAAGAAGAAGGUUGGAGAGCAUGAGCCAGAGCUUGUGCUGGAGAUGGGGCAGCAGGAGGGGGAGGAAGAGGAGGAGAUGGGCCAGCAAGACAAGGAGGAAGAACACGAGAUGGCCCACCUGGCGCAGGAAGAAGAAGAGAUGGAGGAGGAAGAAGAAGAGGCUUGCAUGGAGCAGCGAGAGGAGGAGAUGGAACAAGGCGAAGGGAAGGGCACGGACCAGCAAGAAGAGGGGUUGGAGGACCAACAUGCGGAACGGGUGGGAGAGAGCGAGGAGGAGCAGCAGCACGACGACAUGGCGAACAGUGAGGAGGAGCCGCAACAGCAACAACAUGCACCGACGACCGUGUACAAGCGUCAGAAGAAAACAGCGCAGCCUGCCGGCCCAAUUGGUGAGAAAUCUGUCGUUGGGGGCAGCUAUCUCCAGGGAUCGUCCCUCUCGCAGUCCGGCUCCACUACGUCAGGAGCUGGCUCUAGUCAAAUGGCGGGCGUGCAGUCCAGCUCGCCGCCUCACCUUACAAGGGAGCAGAUGGAGCUCCAGCAGGUAGACAAGAUCCGCUUAAGGUUAGAGGAAGAACUUGAAAAGGCUACUGACAAAGCGAAAGAGAUCAGAGAUAGAAGUGUCAGACUCGAGGGUAGGGAGGCGGGCAAAGCUGCAUUACAGGGGUUAGACGACUCAGGCCUUGACAACACAGCAAAGGUCUUCAAGGCGAGCAUCCUGUCCAUGCAUGCAUACAUGGACAGCAAGCUGGACGAUAUCCAGGACACCCUGGACCAGAUCCUGAAUGCCAUGCACAGGCCAGGAAUCCGGCCAGCAGCUUUGCCAUCACUGCCAUUCUCAGCGAUGACAGGCCCCUAUGCCCCUCACAACAUCAAGAACUUGUUAGCCAAUGAGGCUCGGCUUGACUAUUACACUUUUGAGACAUUCAGUUAAAAGGCCCUAGAUUUAGAGGCUACACUGGGUGGUGCUCAAACCCCCCCUACGGACGGGAGAAAGAAGAAGGCUCCGCAAGAAUGGAAGAAAAAGGGUAGUCGAUUGAUGAUGGUUGAUUCCGAGGGGAAUCAAACUGAGAUCCAUAAUGUUUCUAACCUUGUGGAGAGUUCGGAGUUAGACGGCGAGGAUAGUGUUGAGGGUAGCAACCUCACCGCGGUAGUCAAGACUAAGGCAGGGGGUCGCAGCAAGGGCGGUCAACAAAGGAGUCAGGGCCAAGCUGCCAACCCAAACAAAUAGCUGCUUGGGUU